CAUUGAGGACACUCAAACAUACAGCAUUGAGGACACUCAAACAUACAGCAUUGAGGACACUCAAACAUACAGCAUUGAGGACACUCAAACAUACAGCAUUGAGGACACUCAAACAUACAGCAUUGAGGACACUCAAACAUACACAUUGAGGACAAACAUACAGCAUGAGGACACUCAAACAUACAGCAUUGAGGACACUCAAACAUACAGCAUUGAGGACACUCAAACAUACAGCAUUGAGGACAUUCAAACAUACAGCAUUGAGGACACAUAA